UCACUGAGCUUCUCCGCGACCAAGAUCAACAUGAGACUGAUCCUCCUGGUGGGCGCCCUCGCGGCUCUGGCCUCCGCCGUCCCCCGUCCCGACUCUCCUCCCGUCUACCACGCUCCUCACCCGACCUACAAGCAGCCAGGAAUGCCCUUCGACUUCAGCUACGCCGUCAGAGACCCCUACUCGGGCAACGACUACGCCCACGCCCAGACCAGCGACGGUCACGUCACCUCCGGAUCCUACAGCGUGGCUCUUCCCGACGGCCGAACCGAGAUCGUCGAAUUCACCGCCGAUCACGACAACGGUUACGUCGCCAACGUUGCCUACGAGGGAGAGGCCUCGUACCCCGCCCACGCCCCCUCCUAUCAACCCCCACCCUCUUACCACGCCCCCGCCCCCUCCUACCACCCUGCCCCCUCCUAC